AUGGUUGUGGAUGGAGUAACGAGACAUGUGCCAUUGCUGCAGAAAAUGGCCAUCUGGAAUGCCUCAAAUUUGCCCGUGACAAUGGAUGUGGAUGGGGACGAGAAACAUCGAGCAGAACUGCUCACAGAGGCGGCCGGAAAUGGCCAUUUGAAAGUCCUCCAAUAUGCCCUUACAAAGGGUUGUCCUUGGGACACCAAGACAUGCAGUAGUGCUGCUCGCCAUGGACAUUUGGAAACCCUGAAAUAUUUGCUAACAAAUGGCUGCCCAUGGGAUGAUGAGACAUGCCGUUAUGCUGCUUUGGGCGGCCAUUUGGAUGUCAUCCAGUAUGCCCAUGAGAACGACUGUCCGUGGAGUGAAGGGACAUGUGGCUAUGCUGCUGCAAAUGGUCACCUUGAUGUGUUAGUCUAUGCCCAUGAAAACAACUGUCCAUGGGACCACUACACAACCACCAAUGCUGCUGUAAAUGGCCACAUGGAAUGCCUCAAGUAUGCCCAUGAAAGGGGUUGUCCUUGGGAUACUGGUGCAUGCUGCAGCAGAACUGCUCUCUAUGGCCAUUUGGAAACCCUGAAAUAUUGUCAUGAACAUGGCUGUCCAUGGAAUGAAGAUACGUGCAGGUUUGCUGCCCAUAGUGGCCAUUUGGAAAUCCUCCAAUAUGCCCAUGAGAAUGGCUGUCCCUGGAACGAAGGCACAUGCAGUGGAGCCGCUGCAAAUGGCUUUUUGGAUGUCCUCAGGUACGCCCAUGAAAAUGGGUGUCCUUGGGACAAACUAACGUGCAUGUGGGCUGCUAGGAAUGGCAAUUUGCAGAUCCUGAGCUAUGCCCAUGAAAAUGGUUGUCCUUGGGAUGAAGCAACGUGCCAUUCUGCUGCAUUGAAUGGACAUUGGGAGGUUCUAAAGUACGCUAUUGAGAACGAUUGUCCGUGGGAUGAAGAUACUGUGCUGAAAACUAAGGAUGUUGGGGUCAAGGCUUGGGUCAAAGACUUCAUGUCUCGGAGGAAUCCCUAA